UCCCGCCGAGCCGUGCCCAUGUCGGACGCGCUCUCCGCCGCCGCCGGCUGCCGCUGCGAGCCCCCGGCCGGCGACACCGCGCCCCGGGGCCCCGCAGAAAAUGAAGACUCAGCCCAAAAGCCAGAGCCUGCAGAUCAGCUAGUUGAUUCUUUGGAGUCCAGUACUUCACAGAGCGGGUCUCAGGCUGGGGUGCACCUGAGUGCCAACACAACAGAGCAUUCCAAGGAAGAAAUUGGCACUCUGGGGGACCAGAACGUGGCUGUGCUAGAAGAGAAGCUGCCUGACCAAAUCAAAUCUCUCAGAAAGGAAGCUGUUCGAUUAAGCAGCUACCAUGUACCUCAGGGAGUAGGGGAUAUAGUCAUGAUUCAGUCAGAUCACACUGGUGCUGUGGAUAUCCUUUCAGCUGAGCUGGAGACUGCAGACCUCCUUGGGGAGCAGAGAAAAGCUCUGCCUCCACCUCUGGCUGCACCCACCAUGUGGACCACUGAGAAGAUGAAGGAAUUCAAAGCCAAGAUGGGGAAGGAGAAGAAUGGCCGGAUGGUGGUGAAGCGCGGCGAGGUGGUGACAGUCCGAGUGCCAACCCAUCCUGACGGGAAAUGCAUUUGCUGGGAGUUUGCUACGGAUGACUACGACAUUGGGUUUGGAGUCUAUUUUGACUGGACCACAGUUACUAGCACUGCCAUUACUGUUCAGGUCAGUGAAUCCAGUGAUGAGGAGGAUGAAGAUGAGGAUGAGGAAAUUGAAGGACUGUCCCCUGUGGGUGAUGUGGAGCGGGGUUCCAAGAGCUACCUGCGGAACCGCUAUGGAGAGGUGAUGCCCGUGUACCGCAGGAACAGCCAUCGCGAGGUGCAGGCAGGCAGCCACGAGUACCCGGGCGAGGGCAUCUACCUGCUGAAGUUUGAUAACUCCUACUCUCUGCUCCGCAAUAAGACACUGUUCUUUCACGUCUACUACACUAGCUGAAGAAGAGAGAAGGGGCAAGGAUGGCAGGCAGGUGAUGGUGAGUGUAGCAGGCUGCCACCCAGCCCUGGUACUGCCUGACGGGCACUGCUGCGUGACAGAACCACGGCGCAGUUCUGCCAGCUCUCCUUUGGACACAAACUGGUUUCUCCUCACAUCCUUCUUCCCCACUGUCUCAGGGGACAAAGGUAGUUGUGGCUGCCUGGUUGUUCCCAGGCAGCUGCUCUUUCUCUAGAAUUUUGGGAGGUCUGCUCCAUGCAGGCAUUGGGCUGGGCCUUCAAGUCAAUGCUGGCAAUUGCCCAGAAGCCACAUUCAGGAGGUUGUGGUUCUGAUCUGUUGUGCUGGUACAAAAUGAAGUGAAAAUAAUGUUACUGUUUUGUGAAUAACUUUUCCAACUCACCUGCUGCAUCUGCAUCGCUAGAGGGCAGCUGUUGACUUCAGUGAGCCAGAAGCACAGCUGGCUUGUCACUUAGCCAGGGUAACCCAUCACCUACCAUAGCUACAGUCACCAGCAGUCGCUGCUUCCUUCACUCACACGAGUGGCUGGGAGUGCAGCUGGCCAGCAGCACCCCAUGCUGCAGUGGCUUGGCCGUGCUGCAACAGGUGGGCCCCAAAUAGCAGUCACAGCUCAUGUUUGGACAGGGGGUGGGAGCAGGGUGCACCCCUCAUAGUCCAUAGGAAGGCUUUUCUACAGAUUAAGAAUUGAAUGUUAUAUCUGUUGAUUGUAGGGAUAUAUAGAUGCUUAAAACCUCAGUGAUUACCAGAAGUUUUUUUCUGUAAUCCAGAUGUGAAGCAGAGGACGUUACUACCAUGCUGAAUGAAUACAAAAUGGUUGGAAUACAACCAAUAAAUAUACAGGAAAUGUUCCUUAGUAGCAGGAUGUUGCUUCAGUGGUAUUGCAACCAUAUGUAGCAAGGAAAAGGCUCCCAGAGCAAUGCAGUUUGUCAGCUGCUAUUGCUGUUGCAAAGGUACUGUUAGGAAGUUCCUUGGCAUGUUUUGGUGACUAGUGAUGGUAUUAGUUACCACCUUCUGUUUAAGUAAUGGCUGAGUUAAAAAGGAGAAGUUAAUCCAUCAGAGAUGAAUUUUAAAACAUGCUUAUUUGUAACUGUUGUUUAUUUUAAUACUUUUAACUUGAAAUCGUUCUCUUUUCUAAGAAUACUGCUGUAUUUACAUUUUGAUACCUCUUUGCAGAGACACAAAAUUACUUUCCAUGGUGAUACUAGAAAAGUUCUGAGUUUUAUUUUUAAAUUCUCCAGGUAAAGCACCUCUACUUGGUCCAUUCCUUCUAUUGAGAGGAAAUGAUGGACAGAAUUAUUUGGGGUAGUUAAAGCCAAAGAUUUUGCUCUCAUAGGAGGGCUGCCUAUUUCCUAUGAAGGGUAUAUUGUAAUGCUGUACAAUUUGCUCUAUAUUCAAGCUUACUUUCAAGUAUCUCUGCUUACUGAUUCACUGCUCCAGAGCACUUAGUAGGUCAAAAUGGUAAGAGAGGAAGCAGUCACUUUACAAUAGAGCAGCCCAAGCUGGGAACAGGAGGAGUGGAAAUUGGAAGAGCCCUACUUGGAGCACAGUGGCUUUCUGGAGGAGUGGGCAAGGAGCAGAGUUGUUGCUGCUUUGGGCCCUGAGAAGGGGAGAAAACAGCCACCUAUCUGAAAAGAGAGAGUGUAUUCACCAGGGUGGGGGGGAGCUGCAGAGCUGCUUUAUUCAAGCAGGUCGAGCACAGGGAGACAGAACAGUAGGGCUUGGUAUCUGUCAGAGCAAGUGCUCUUUCAGGUAGCAGCUUGGAGAGGGCUAUUCCUUCCUUUAACCUCUCAUGGAUGAAAUGAAGAACCAUCCUGUGGCCUUUCUACAGCACUUGAAUCAGGCCUGAGCAAUUUAGCUAAGGUGUUUGGGUUUUUUCAUCCUUUGUCUAUCAAGUUCCUAGAUAAUGCUGAUGGAGUGACACUCUUCACUUCUAACAGAGAAGCAGUAGUAUGUUUGCUGAUAGAUGACAUCAAAUUACAACAUUUCAUAGUUGGUGUGUUUUGUAUAGACUAGGGAAUGAGAGGCUGGAGAGCAGCACUGCAGAAAGUGCAGAAAGGGACCAGGAGCUUCUGGUUGAUGGCAAGUUGAACCUGAGCCAGCAGUGCCCUGGCAGCCAGGAGGGCCAGCCCUGCCCUGGGUGCAUCAGGCCCAGCAUCACCAGCCAGGCAAGGGAGGGGACUGUCCUGCUCUGCUCUGCUCUGGGGCAGCCUCACCUCCAGGGCUGGGGGCAGUUCUGGGUGCCACAAUAUACAAAAGACAUUAAGCCAUUAAAGACCAUCCAAAGGAGAGUCACAAGGAUGGUGAAGGGUCUGGAAGGGAAGCCAUAGGAGGAGUGGCUGAGAUCACUUGGUCUGUUCAGACUGGAAAAGAGGAGACUGAGGGGAGACCUCAUUGCAGUUACAGCUUCCUCAUGAGAGGCAGGCACUGAUCUCUUCAAUCUUGUGACCAGUGACAGGACUCAAGGAAGUGGCCUGAAGCUGAGUCAGGGGAGGUUUAGGGUGGGUAUAUGGACAACGUUUUUCACCCAGGUGGUGAUUGGGCACUGGAAGAGGCUCCCCAGGGAAGUGAUCACAGCACCAGCCUGACAGAGCUCAAGGAGUGUUUGGACAGCACUCUCAAGCACAUGUUCUGAUUGUUGGGGUGUCCUGAGACAGGAGCUGGACUCCAUGAUCGUGAUGGACCUCUUCCAACUCAACAUACUCUAUGAUUCUAUGAGCCUUUUGUACCAA